AUGACUACGCCAGCUCCCAUUAAAGGUGCCGAGAAGCUUUCAACGAAAUGGUGCCCAACGGAAGACCUAGGCGGGUACGACAUGCCGAUACGUCUCGAAGGUGAAAUUGGCGACGUCAUCGUUCGAGGUAUUAUUCCUAAAAGCGUCGAAGGAACCUUUUAUCGUGUCGCUCAGGACCACUUCACCCCCGCGCCCGACGGACUCAGCCCUCUCAGAGGACACGGCGUUGUCAGCGCCUUUCGUAUCCACCAGGGCCAGGUGGACUUCAAGAUUCGGUACGUGCAGAGCGAUAGGUAUAAGCUAGAGAGGAACAGGAAGAAGAGUCUUUUCUCGGACAUCCUCCAUCACCCUUUGAGCACGCAUCCUUGUGUUCGUGCGGUCGUCGACUCGACCACAAACACUAACGUUAUUCACUGGGCCGGUAUGUUGCUGGCAUGCCAAGAACUGGGUCCGGCUUACUCCAUGGACCCUGACACACUUGAGACCACCGGACAAGAUCCUUUUGGGAAUCAGAUAGUCACACCAAGUUUCACAGCACAUGCGAAGAUUGAUCAGCACGUUAAUGAGCUCGUCACCUGGAGUGUCGACAUAUUUAAUAACCAAAUCAUCUCCUACUCUGUGGAUCGCAACGGCACUGUGAAGAACGAGCAUCGAAUCAAGCAAUCCGUUGGCGGACUGGUCCACGACAUUGCGAUUACAGAAAAUUGGAUCGUAUUUUGCCAAUGGCCCACCUCUCUUAACCUCCAGGGGAAACCAGGAGAUUCCAUGGUGGUCUGGGAUACCAGUCGACCUGCUCGUUUCACUGUGGCUCCCAGAAACCCGGACCGUCCCUUGGACGGCUCAGGGUGGAAGCCUCAUGAGCACCGUACCUACACGCACCAUGUCAACUCUGAGAUCGUGCACACAGCUGGCGCCUGGGAGGAGGGAAACAAAAUCUACUUCGAGGGAACGUGGCCACGCGAAGCCCUCUUCCCUUUUUGGGAUAACGCUGAUGGGAAACCGCAUGAUCCAGAGACAGUGGUGGAGCUAGUUCGCCUCGAGAUAGAUACGAAUCAACCAAGUGAAACGAAUAUCCCAGAUCCGGUUGUCCUGGUUGAUAUCCCCAACGAGUUCCCCAGAAUUGAUGAACGGUUUUACAACAAGAAGUACGAUCACAUCUUCUUCAACGUGUUCCACUCUGAUACCGAAAAGUGUCUCGUGGACAAGCAUAUUUUCGAAGGAUUGAAUGCAACAGCCAUGCUCACCAAAAGUACAGGGGAACUAAAAGUCUACUAUCCAGGCCCACAGUGCAGAUGUCAAGAGCCUGUAUUCAUUCCCCGCACCGAUGAUUCUCCAGAAGGGGAUGGUUAUGUUAUAUUCGCGGUUGACCGCCUCGACGUUAACCUCACCAAUGUUGUCGUUCUUGACACGAAAUCUUUCGAGGAGCCCGUUGCUGUCAUUGAGCUACCCAUGCGGAUGCGGGCCCAGAUCCACGGUAAUUGGGUUGAUGCCAGGGAACUGACCGGCAAACCGCUCGUGAUAGAUCCACCAUUGACUCACAUGUCGUGGAAACACCGCGGUCCACCUCCAGGCGUGGCGGUGGGUGGGCCUGAACAAAUUGCUGUAGACAGAGGCAUCACCAGUUCAGCCUAG